AUGCCCGUUCUUCGAGCAAAGAGAGCACGUCUUGACCACGGACCAAAGCGGCCUAUUUGUCGUUUUCUGCUCUCCGAUGCAGCAAUAGGAAAAGUGACGAAAGACAUCUCAGCAGGCACCGAUGCUGCUCGUUCAGUGACUCCUAGGGAGUUGGGGAGCGGAUCGCCACACGACCCCAUUCACCUUCCACUUCGAAAGAUUCCAAAUGACAACGGAUGCUAUCAUUGCGCCACUGAUGAGUGUUGCUGUGUGGAGUUUGAAAAGAUCUUAUCGAAUACCUACGCUCAACUAUCGAAGAAGCGUGUCGUUGAGGUGUCUGGUGCGCGACAGCUUUGCGCAAAGUCACUUCUGACACCUUUUGUGUCAAGGCUUGUGCAUCUCAUGAAGAUCACAGAGCAGGAUACCUUCUACGAUUUCGGAUGUGGCAAUGGUUCAGUCUUGUUUCAAGUCGCCUGCAUGACUGGUGCGAAGUGCGUGGGUGUGGAAGUCAGCACGCACAACGCAGACGUUGCACGCGAAGCCUGGCAAGUGCUGCAGCAGGUACUGGAGCGAAAGUACAAACGUCCGAUGCCGGCUGUGGAAAUUAUCACAGCGGAUUUGGCUGAACUAAUCUCCACCCCUACAUACUUCGAGGAGGAAAAGGGACAGACAGCUAUUCUGAUGUCGAAUCUUCUUUUCCCGAAGCCCCUGACGCACUUUUUGUCGGAGCGGCUGCGAUCUACCCCUGUAGGAACUCGUAUCUUAUGCUUUGACGAUUUGUACCCGCACGCUCGCUCGGUGGCUACGUACAGAGACCCUGUUGCCUUUGAGCUGUUCGACAUGAAGGAUUAUUUGUGGCAAGAGAUGAGUGUAGAGUGGUGCUCAAUGGAAGGUACGUUCUUCAUACACACGCGGAAGUAG